UUAAAACCGUAAAAUAUAGAGUAUAAAUGAACUGUAUGAGACUAGAUAUAAAUAUAUUGGAGUAGAUUUAAACACAUCAGAACACAUAUGUUCAAACAGAUCAAAUUAUUAUAUUUGAGAGUAAUUAUUAUUUUAAACGUUACAAAAUUGUUUUUUGGGACUUGCUUCUACCUGUGCUUCACAUCCGUGUCCGUCACUGUGGAAGUGUGGAGUAAGCGCAAAUAUAUACUCCGUAAUAAAGCUCUCAGUUAAGCAGGCAGUUCUUGGUGAUAAGUGAAGGUACGGUUCUCGUACUUCGCUUCCAUUAAAUCCUUUCUCCGGCGUUUAUGUCUAAUUUCCGGCAAUGAAAUUCUUACUCUGAAAUCUAUUUUGAUCGAAUCGAGUCCGUUUUCGUUCUUUUAGGUGUGAAAAUGGCAGUGAAACUGCCGAUGAUGUGUUCGCAUUGGUCACAACCGUCGAUAUCGAAAUUCUCAGCAGUUUUACCUACUCCAAAACGACGCAGAUUUGCGAGCAUUGACGGUGCUCUCGCUUGGAAUUUGCUCCGGCCGGCGCUUAUCAGGUCCCGGGCUACUGAUCUGCUGAGACGCAGAACCACCGUGCGUUCCUGCAGCGGCAGCUUCUCCGAUGAGGAAUUUUCCGAGGCAAUUGAGGAAUUGGUGGCUGAAGAAGAACGGUCUGCUUCGAUGUUUCUCGAGAUUGUUCCAGAAAGUAUAGAGCGGAAGGCCAAUUGUUUCGAUCUCCCGCUUUCCUUGAGGAUUAUAAAGAGGAAAAAACAAUGGCAGGAAGGAUUCCGUCAAGUAGGGGAAUCGGCGUAUUGCUCUGUAAAGAGAGCGUUUUCUAAUAUGGUGUUCAUAAUCAGGGAGCUCCAUAGCUACACAUUAAUGCAGAUGAGGGAGAUGAUCUUCUACGAAGAUUUUGAGGGUAUUUUGGUCAGAGUACAAAACGAGAUGCAUGCCUCUUUCGUGUGGCUGUUUCAGGAAGUGUUUUCUCACACCCCUACUUUAAUGGUGUAUGUGAUGAUUCUUCUGGCAAAUUACAGUGUUCAUUCAAUGGCUUCUGCUUCUUCACUUCCUGUUCCUUCAAUUUCGGCUUCUUCCACUUAUGAAACUGCCCGGGAGGUGAUUUCUCUGUCAGAAGAUCAAUCUCAUCAUCAUCAUGGAAUAGGAAACUUCGAUUCAUUCACAUCUAAGACCUUUUUGGCGUCCAAUUCUGACGGGAGGAGGGCUGCUAUAGGCGGAAACAGUGGCGGCGGCGGUAAAUACAGGCCGACCUCUAGUGGUACAGACGGUGAUGAUGGGACAAUUAAGGAAGCGUUUGUUUUUGGUCAAGUUUCAAGGGAAGAAGAAUUGAGGUUGUGGAAUUCUAUUGAGGCAGAUGCCUCGAGAAUGCAGGGUGUGGACCUGGAAACGAUGCUGAGAUUCGUGAGUCCAAUAGAUGCAACAAUUGAAUCUGAUGAAGACGAUCAUUAUUCCAAAACAGAGCUUCUUUAUCGAACCGGGCUCGCCCAUGAACCAAACAAUACUUUGCUGCUUGCUAACUAUGCCCAAUUUCUGUUCACAGUCGCCCAAGAUUACGACAGAGCGGAGGAAUACUUCAAGAGAGCGGUGGCAGUAGAGCCUAAAGACGCAGAAUCAUUAAACAAAUACGCAACGUUCCUGUGGCGGGCGAGAAACGACCUCUGGGCGGCGGAGCAGACCUACCAGGCAGCCGUGGAUGCCGAGCCAAACAACUCCUUCUACGCCGCCGAUUACGCCCAUUUCCUGUGGAACACCGGCGGCGAAGACACUUGCUUUCCUCUCGAUGAUGGCACCCCACAUGUCAAUAAUAACGACGCCGUCUAAUCAACAACCCCUAACUAAAGAAGUAAAAAAAACUGCUCACAAAAUUUCCUUUAAUGUAAGUUCUAAAAUGAUCGGGUAAUUAAGGGCAGGGAGUCCAUCAAAGAUCUCACUUUCACAUGGGCAGCUUAUCCUGUUUGGCGUUUUCUGUUUACUUCCUUUUUUUCAGAUUUUUGUUAGCUACCGCUGGAAGAUAGAUAGGGCCGCAAACUUCAUCCAAAAAAAGAUAGGGUCAGAGUAUAUAUAAUAAUAAAAGGCAGAUCGACCAAACAGUUUUUUAAUUAGUGGGGUUUUGGAGCGGACUGUGUCCGGAAAUUGUCGCUUUCCAUUUCUCUCUAUUUACUCUCUCUCGGGACACGUCGCAUUACAUGCCGACGAUCAGGAACAGGCAUGGACCAUUUCCUCCUUCGUUCUUUCUUUUCUGGAUUUUUCUUGUGUUUGUAGUUUUCCCCCCUUUUUACCUGUACCUGAGAAAAUCGUAGGAAUUUACCCUUUUUCCUACCAUUUUUAAUCGAGUUGUAUUGUAUGUUCCUUGUAAUUUACUGUAACUUGUAGCAGUCGGAGGGAUGAUUGUAAUUACAUCUGUCAAUUGAUAAUUUUUUAGUUAAUGUGUACCAA